CGCAAGUUGAAGCGCGAGGGUUCCACGCCGGCUGCUGCGGGUACGCGGGCCUCAGCGCUGCGGACUUCCUCAGGGCACCUGGGUCGGGGCGGGCGCGGAGUUCCGCGCGCAGCGGCUUCUCCGCCGGCCUCGCCUCCGAACCCCGUGCGCUUCCCUACUUCCAGCGCGGCGGCGCCCGCGACCCCACUACCCCGAGUGCCGGGCUCCUGGGGAACGGUCGCCCCCGGGGCCAGCGCCAAGCAGCCCCCGCCUCCCUUGUCUUCCCGGAAUCCAGGGGCCAAGCCGGAGGCGGCAGGGCCACAGUGGGCGCCCCCGAAGUGGCCCGAGCGAGGGCCCCUCAUCCCAGUAGAGCCUGCUCGAGGGUACAGCCGGCCACGCCAGGGGAGGCGGCCGGGCGGCGGGGAACGGCGGGGGCGGAGCGCAGCCUCCCGACGACGCCGCCUCGCCGCCCCACUCCGCCUCCUCGUCCUCCGCUCGCAGCCGCCGCCUCCGCCGGGCUGAGGAGCCCGGAGUCUGAGGAGCCGGGAGUCCGCGGCGCCGGCUCGGAGCUGCGGAAUGGGGAGUUAGCGCCACGGCGGCGGCAGUGGCCGCAGCGCACCCGGCCGCCGCCCUGGGGCCAGUCCCGCCGGGGGUGCCGGGCUCGCCCAGCCCGCCUCGGAGCCAGGCCCGCGGGCGGCGGCAGAGCUGGGCAGGUGGAUGCGGCUGGAAGAUGGCGCCCUCGGGCCCGGGCAGCAGUGCUAGGCGGCGGUGCCGGCGGGUGCUGUACUGGAUCCCGGUGGUGUUCAUCAGCCUCCUGCUCGGCUGGUCCUACUACGCCUACGCCAUCCAGCUGUGCAUAGUGUCCAUGGAAAACACUGGUGAACAAGUUGUGUGCCUGAUGGCCUAUCAUCUACUUUUUGCAAUGUUUGUCUGGUCAUACUGGAAAACUAUCUUUACAUUACCAAUGAAUCCUUCAAAAGAAUUCCAUCUCUCUUAUUCAGAGAAAGAAUUGUUGGAGAGAGAGCCAAGAGGAGAAGCCCAUCAGGAAGUUCUUAGGCGAGCAGCCAAGGAUCUUCCCAUCUAUACCAGGACCAUGUCUGGAGCAAUCCGAUAUUGUGACAGAUGCCAACUUAUAAAACCAGAUCGCUGCCAUCACUGUUCCGUCUGUGAUAAAUGUAUUUUGAAGAUGGAUCAUCAUUGCCCAUGGGUGAACAAUUGUGUUGGAUUUUCAAAUUACAAGUUCUUCCUCCUUUUCUUGGCUUAUUCUCUGCUCUACUGCCUUUUUAUUGCAGCAACAGAUUUACAGUAUUUUAUCAAAUUUUGGACAAAUGGUCUACCUGAUACUCAAGCCAAGUUCCAUAUUAUGUUUUUAUUCUUUGCUGCAGCUAUGUUUUCUGUCAGCUUGUCUUCUCUGUUUGGCUAUCAUUGUUGGCUAGUCAGCAAAAAUAAAUCUACAUUAGAGGCAUUCAGAAGUCCAGUAUUUCGACAUGGAACAGAUAAGAAUGGAUUCAGCUUGGGUUUCAGUAAAAACAUGCGGCAAGUUUUUGGUGAUGAGAAGAAGUACUGGUUGCUACCCAUUUUUUCAAGUCUAGGUGAUGGCUGCUCCUUUCCAACUUGCCUUGUUAACCAGGAUCCUGAACAACCAUCUACUCCCGCAGGGCUGAAUUCCACAGCAAAAAAUCCCGAAAACCAUCAGUUUCCUGCAAAACCAUUGCGAGAGUCUCAGAGCCACCUUCUUACUGAUUCUCAGUCUUGGAUGGAGAGCAGCACAAACGCAGGAAAAUGCAAAACUGGUAUGAGCAAUCCUGCAUUAACCAUGGAGAAUGAGACUUAACUCUUCAAGCAAGAUAAAUUCAUGCUUUAUAAAAGUAUCUAUACUGUAGAUGGAUGGAAGAGGCUUCCCACAGGAAGGUGCCACUGGUCAGUUGUGCCUAUAUCCCUUUGGCUGGAAAUGCAGAAUAUGAAUUGAUUAGUUCUCUCCAAGCCAUUGAUUAAAAUAUAACAUAUUUUGGAUCCAGUAUACACAUUGUUAAAACUAACACAAACUCCUAUUAAAUAUUAAAAGUAGUCUGGUUUAUUAAUAACAGGGAAAACAUCUCUGAAAAACCUGGACUAUAUUCAAGGACCAGUUUUUUACCCAAAUAUAUGGGUAGCACAGUUUAUCACAUAGAAACUCCACUAAUCAUCUGAUUUUCUGAAUCUGAAAAUUUAGACUAUUAAGAUAUUAAGAUUUCAGAGAUUUCAAGUCACAUUAUAAUAAGUGUUAUUCGUAAAACUUGUUACCUUUAAGAAGAUGGAAGUAGCAAACCAUAUUUCUUUUUUUUCCUCUCGUGAAUCCUGCCUCAGACUGAAUGAACUGUAAUAACUGUGAAUUUAUUACAGAGUCCAGGUGGCCUACAGUUGAAGAUCAUCAAUUUUUGCCUCACUUAAUUCCAGCCUUCGUUCUCUGCUGGAAAAUAAGUGUGGACAUUGAAGCUUGAGCUCCCUUUUAAAGCAGUUGGCUGGAAUACUUUUGUCAGAAUACAGUACAUUUCUGUUACAUCAGAAACACAUUUUCAUCUCUUCUAAUCGUCUUAAAUGGGGGGGAAUUUAUGAUGGCAGUUUUGAAGAUUGUUUUAUGAUAUUCUGUUGUCAGUUUGGCUUUUUAAAAAUCUCUUUUUAGAUGACUUCUCCUGUUGAACAUAGUAAAAAUACUGAAUUUCUGUUAAGAAUUCCUAAUAGGUCAAUAGAUUUACCCUCCGGUGAUACCUAUAUUAUUUCUUUGUCCUCUCAUCAAAACUAUGACAGGUAAACUAUAUUUUUCCUUAAACACCUAUUAAGAUUAAAUUAUGCAAAUAAUUAAAAAUCAUAUAACUUUUGGGAAGUUAGUUCAACAUGAACUAAAUGGCAUGCUGUUUGGAAAUUUAGUUUGAGAUAAACUAAAAUAGUGUGUUUGUUGAUGCCAGAAUGUUCAGCUUCAGUAAAUAUACUAAGAAGCUCUUGUGCCUUGUAUGCAUUAUUUGAAAAAAGUUUUAUUUUUUGUUUUGAGUGCAGUAUAAUUUUUGUAAAUGUUAACAAUUAGAAUAAUAAGCUGUAUGCUUUUUGGUACUGAUUUUGAGAAUUUAAAGCAGAUUACCUUUUAAAACUGCACCAACUAAGUAACUGGUAUUUAAUCGAAGAGAAAAUGGUAAUAAACUUUCAAAACCUUUGUUAAACCAAACAUUCAACACAAACUAAACUAGAAGGCCAGAGGAUAAUAGAAUAAAGGAUCAUUGCAAUUACUUAUCGUUGCUAAAAAUAUAUUAAAUGUGCUUAUGGACAAAACAGUGUCAGCCAAGUCCAUUUUGUAGUUCAUUUGAGUACGAUUCUUUGAACAAUAGAAAAAUCUGCAUUCUUUUACGAUUUGUUUUAAGCUAAAGAGUUUCAUCUGACAAUCUGCUUUAAGAAAUCUCAAAAAAUAUAACAUUUUAACUUUCAUCUUAAAGAACGUUUUGGUCAUUUUUUAGAAUACCUGAAGUGCCAGAUUGGAACCUAUAGCUACUGCUAGAAGUCUUACAGGCAACAGCAGCACAGGAUGUAUUAAUAAUUAUAUGAAGUCAGAUUUUUUUUUCAAAGCAGAGUACUAUUAGCUUUUUUUGUGGACAGGAUUCUAUUAAGUAUUCUCUCUAGUCAAACUGGAAGCUGGGGAAAAAAAGAUGGAUUUUUAUCCUUUACUCUGCUAGAGUACUGUUAAUGCCCCUUUCCGCCAGUCUUUUAUAUAAUUACAUAUAUGUCGAUAACACAUUAGAAUCAGAUUUGAAAAAGUUAAAACAAUUUCAUUGUUGUAACUGUUCCCUUUCUGUUUUCAUACAGUAAUACCUUUAAACAGUUGUUUUGAAAUAUAAGGGGUUAUAAUUUUUGGAGAUGAUUGUGUAUCUUGUUAGAUAUGCCAUAUAAAUUUAUCUAAGUGAACAAAGUGCUAAAUAAAUAUAUCUACAUUUUGUACAUAUUUAUAUAAAAUUUACCCUUAAGUAUUUAAAAAAUUUAAUGGCUUAACUCGAACUUGAAGACACAUACUUUAAUUAUCCUUAUUGUCCAUUAAACUGAUAAUUUUGAUUUUUUUUGUUUUUAUAGAUUUUACUAUAUAGGAAUCAAGAUUUAAGAAAUUUUUCAUUAAAAGGUAGUGUACAAAUGCUUCAUAUACAUUAGUUAUUUGCUAUUAUGUAGGGAAGAGGAUUGUUAUUUGAAAGAUAUAUUAAAGAACAGUUGCAUCUGAAUACAAUGAUGAUGUGUUCAAGGAAGUUCAUAUCCAUGAAUUCACCCUAAUAUAUCCUCAAGUGGUUGAUCACUUCAUUAACUGUCUUUAAGAAACUGCCUUUGCAUUGACACUGACAAUAUAAAUUAUUUUAAGCAUAAACUUUCCUAAUAGUUUGUUAGAGCUACUAAUGGCAAAAUUCAUGUCUUUAGUGUGGUCAUAACAUAGGUCUUUGGGGAAGGGGUGGUGAGAAGAUAAGGUAUUUACUUCGUAGUAAAUGAUUCCGAGGACGAUUAGAAACAGACUAUGAAAUUCAAGUACACUGUAAUCAAUAGACAACUAUUGGAAAUACGGCAUAUGUUGUCAAAAAAUAACUCUUAACUAGGGAAAUCAAAGAUAUAAGUCAUGUUUACAAAAAAUAGCAAUCGUGAUGAAUCUUGCUUCAAGAAAACAUGAAAAAAGUAUAUUACUCCAUUAUAUUAUAAACUAGCAAAUUUUUCCUAUUUUGAAAUACAUGUAAACUUGCCGGGCUGAUUCUUAAGUCAUACUGUAUCCUUUGGUAUAUACUUAUAUUGCCAAAUUCUUGUCAAAGUGAUGAUUCUGGAUACCUUUGAUCAAAUAUAGAAACCUCAUAAAAUGGUAAAUGCAACACAAUUUACAUUGUAAAUCACGAUGAAUGUCUGCCCCAGCACAACCAUCCCAUCCACACACCCAGACUCCAGAUUCUGAUCUGCUAAUAUUUUGACCAAAGUGACAUUUCAACAAGUGGAUUUUUCACAGAUAACGUGUUUUAAGUAAUAGCCUCCUGCAGAAACGUUCUAAGCAGAAAACCACCUGGCUCAAUCCGAAAGUUUUACACUUCUUUUCUGCAUACUUAGCCAGUUCAGCACAUGUGGUGAACUUCCCCUUACAUGUGGAAGGGGACUAUAAUCACACACCUUAAGUAUUUGCUACUCUUUUACAAAGAUACCACUAGAAUUUUUUCACUUUGUCUUGGUAAAAAUUCCUAGAUUCUACUUUUUAUUGCAGGUUUUAAUAAUUUCAUCUUGUAAUGCCAUGAAAAGCAUUAAGUAGAAGCCAACAUCAGAGAAAUCUAGAUUUUUAAAUUGAGCAAUUUGUUCUCCACCAGAUUUCGUUUAGAAUUUGUUACCAAAGGAUCUCAUUUUGUUACAGAACACAGGAAAUCGUGUUAUACUUUAUAAUGGUGAAACCAUGCAUUUUCCUUUUCUCUUUCCCAUAAGAUUUUUUAUUAUAGUAGUGCCCUGGCUUGUAAACAGUGGACAUCACUGAAAGGAUGAGAUCAAGUAGGCUUGUUUCAAAGAAACUCCUGUGAAUCAAAAACUGUGCAUAUGAAGUACCUCCCAGCACAAUGUUCAGUGUUACAGGAGACUCUGAAACAGGGCACCCAUUUUUUUUUUUUCCUUCCUCAAAUAGUCCCCUUGAAAUGUAAGCAAAGAACUAUGAUAAUGCAAUCCAGGUAACUAAUAGUUCAAUCACCAACACCCUCUAGUUCAAAUACAAAAAUCUGGGCAAUGCCAAUAGAAGACAAUCAUUUGCAGAUCUUGUUGCAGGAAAGUGGGGGCAAAAACAAACUGCUGAAAAAUGUUCAAAAGUAGAUCUUUUUGAUGUUCUUGUUCAUAGCCAGCUUUCAGUAUUUCUGUAUUGUUUACAAUUGGGGGAAAAUGUUAAGACUACUUUUCUGAGUGGUUUAUGAAUACCAUACCAAAGGGAAAGUGAUUUUAAGCCCUGGUUUAUGCUAGUUCCCUAUUGCUCAGGAAGGAUAGUAGCAGUUCAUGGUUUUUGAAAACAACCUAUCAUUUAUGUUGCCUCUUCCAGGGAAGGUUUAACAGUACAAGGAACUCAAUCCUACCUAAAAUUAUUAAUGCUUAAUAGCUUGUGUGUGAUGAAUCAAGGUGCUUAAUCAAUUUUUUUAAAAACCCAUAAUACUUCAAAAUAAAAUUGUUGAUGCUGAAUUUAAACAGAUACUAAAAAAUGUGUCAGUUCUCCUGUUGUAUUUUACUCAGUUAUGAAAGCAAGGCUAUUCUGUCAGUUUAGAUUUUGUGUGUUUUUCUGUCAGUGUGUAUGGCUCCCUAAAGUAUACUACUAUUAAAAGCAUCUUAAAUGAACUAAUCAAA